AUGGGUAACAACCCGUCUUCGUCCUCCAAACCGACCACGCCGACGACCUCGGCUCCUGGUUCGGCCCACGGUCAUCAUCAUGGCCAUGAAUCUCCCCGACAUCAUCUCCGAAAAGAUGCCCGCAAUAUCAUCACCGGUCACGCGCAUCGCUCUGCCGCGCCUCCGGAGCCUUCUAUGGCGCAAGCCCAAGGCUCAACCGUCAUCAAUCGACCCAAGAGCUUGCCCCCUACCGCUGUCUCGUCUCUGAGCGGCUCUCCUCAUAGCAACUUCGCCGCUGUUCACAAGACUGCUUCUUCCUCGGAUGCUAAGGGCAUUGCUGAGAAGCAUGCAGCUGGAACUCCUGAGCCUAAGCCUGCCGAGAGCAAACCCGCCGAGUCUAAACCUCAGUACCGCGACGAACCUACCAAGCCUGUCGAUGUGCCUAUGGAGUCUUCCUCUCUUCGAUCACACCAAUCCGCUCACGUAAAUGACACAGCUCUUAUUCCCAAUAGCAGCAUCACAGACAUGUACCUGACUAGACCCCCGCGCUUGCCCCUCCCUAUCGAUGAGGAGGUUCACACCCCUGGAUCACCUAUCUUGGCGCCAGAGUCAGAUCUGUCGAUACCUGAUAUUGAGCCUAUUGACUCGGACACAAUCACUCGCAAGAGCUCUGCCCUCAGUGCUACUACAGUCGAUGAAGAGGAUGGUGAGGAGCUGCGGGUUGAUAAGACGAGACCUGUCGUUCAGACCAAGCUGGAGUGGCUGAGCGGAGGUGACAAGGUUUAUGUGACAGGUACCAUCUUUCAAUGGAAUCGCAAGCAACGAUUGCAUCCCAUCGAGGGUCGUCCUGGUUGUUUCUCGACAACAGUCUAUGUUCUUCCAGGUACACACCAUGUCCGCUUCCUGGUGGACGGUAUCAUGCAGACGUCUCCUGAUCUGCCAACCACCGUCGACUUUGGCAACAACCUUGUCAACUAUAUCGAAGUGAGCCCCGACGAUGCUCACAAGAAGCAAGUUCCUGCACCUCCUGCCGGCCCUCAAGCCGAGGUUCAAGUUGCUCCCGCUGCUCAGACAGUCUCACAAACUCAGGAGAAGGCCGCGAAACCGCCGCCCCAACCAAAGGGCAAACCUGUGCCCCCUCCUGAAUCGUAUCGAAGCCAAAUUCCACAGUACCUCGUGGACUUUGACCAAGCCGAGGAUUCGCAAGCGUAUCAGUAUGCCGUCAAUGCCAUUGAGAGGCUACCAAAUCCUCCUGCGCUACCGGGUUUCCUGAGCAAACCUAUCUUGAAUGCGGCGACCCUUAUGAAAGAUGACAACAGUGUGCUCAACAUGCCAAACCAUACGAUUCUGAAUCAUCUUGCCACGAGCAGCAUCAAGAAUAACAUUCUUGCUGUUUCAGCUACUACUCGGUACAGAAAUAAGUAUGUCACAACAAUCGUCUACAAGCCCACAUCCUCAGACGAUUGA